AACCGAACGUUCAAGGUGCAGUUUGUGAAGAUGUACCUCAGCGAGGCUCGGACCCGGAAUCACGCUAUGACGAUCGCUGCAUAAGCCCCUCCGCGUACCUUCAACCAUCAGCACCACGAAAGACGUGCGCCGAACGUGUCGUCAACACGUGUGGCCAAGAUGACAGUAGCGUCACAAGCUCACGCGCCGCCCAGCAACGCCUCAGAGACGUUCUAUUCUUGACCGCAGUGAGAUCUUCCCCUUACACCAACAUAGCAGGUGCCUCUGCUGGCCACAUGACGAGUCCUCAUAAGCGCCGCGAUGACCUCUGCCUCUCCUCCAAACUCGCUGGAAGCUAAGCUUGUCGUUCUCGGCUCGCAAGGCGUCGGCAAGACCUCGCUUGUGCAUCGCUUCGUGAAGAACGCCUUCAUCCCACCGGACAAGGCGCAGUCCACCGUCGGCGCCUCCUUCCUCACCACCCGAGUCAAUGAUCCAGAGUCGGGGGCCACGAUUCGACUUCAGAUCUGGGAUACAGCAGGGCAAGAGCGCUUCCGCUCGAUAUCCCGACUAUACUAUCGUGGUGCACAUGCAGCCAUUCUCUGCUACGAUGUCACGAGCAAGAAAAGCUUCGAAGAGAUGGGAGCGUGGUUGCAGGAGCUGAAGGAGAACUGCGGCAUAGAGGCCGGAAGAGGCGACUUAAUCAUCCAUGUCGUUGGAACCAAAAGUGAUGUUGUGGCGUCCGACCCAAAAACGCGGGAGGUUCCAUUCGAGCGAUGCAUAGGAUACGUUGCAGAGCAGCUCUACCCCGAAGUACCGACACCGGGUGUGCAUUCCAGCAGCCAAGGUAGCCCACCUAGCGCUCACGGUCUAGCCGCUCCAACUACGGGGCACAUGUCAAGUCCCAACAGCAACCGCUCGUCUGGCUUCUGGGGCCAAGAAUCAAUCUGGGACUGUUGUCACGAAAUCAGUGCGAAAGACGGCGAAGGCAUUGAAGAAGUGUUUCGCGUCAUCACCCGGAAGCUGGUCGAGCAGCACAUGCUGCGGACGGAGAAGCAGCGAUUGUUGGAGGAGUCGCUCUCCCGCGGUCGCACACCCGGCUUGGAUGGCAAUGGUGCUCCGAGCUACUUCGACCUGCCGAAUGGCAAUGGGAGCUUCAGGGUCGGGCACGGUGAUAAACGGCGCAGCUGGUUGGGCUUCCCCACCACGCCCGGCGGGCUCUCUGCAUGGACUGGCGACGAUACAGAAGCAGAGACCGAGAACCCUCCCAAGCGAAAGGCGAAAUGUUGUUAAUGAUUGUACAGUGUCCAGGUGUGCGUGUUAGCGGCAUGGCGUGAUCUCCAGGCGUUAUAGCGAUUUGUCUUACAAUACUGCAUGGGUUCAAUGCUUGGUACGAAUAUAGUUGAGCGCUGCAAGAAGCACUGGAAAUGUGCAGAAUGCGCGCCAUGAAAGCUCAUAUGCGAAGGAACCACCGUCUGGUCUGGGA